AUGAGCUCAACAUCUGAACACAGUUCUGGCGGAUUAUGGCAUAAAUUUCGAUCCUCUACCAAGUCGCUUUCCUCCUCAUUGUCGAACCUCUCUAUGAAGACUGAAAGUGAUGGUGACACCCCAACUAGUACAGUGGUUCAUAAAUCACUAGUGAAGUUUUAUAAACAUCAAGAACCAUUUACAGGUUUUCCAGGUUGGCUUGGUCAUAAGGAAGACCUCCCCAAUGAGCAAAAGAUUUUAAAGAAACAGAACCAUGUGAGCUCUAACCCUAUCGCUGGUGGGCUCAAUCAUAUGCGCAAGUCUUCUCUGGAUAAGAUGAAUCGGAAAAGUGUGAGCCCGUCUCCUUUCAAUGAACCAGAACAGCUUUCAAGCGCUGGUAUGGCGUUCCAUAGCAUCUAUUCAAGCGAGACGACAACGGUACGAACGUCAAACACCGCAGCAUUACAAGGUCAAGCACAGCAUGGCAGGCCGGAUGUGCUUGGAAGGUCUGAUCUGCAGGAUCAGAGUCAAGCGCCUACGACAGUAACCAAGAAUUCAUCAAUGAUGAUGCGUGAGAGAUUGAAAAGACAGAAUACUAAGAACUCUAUCAAUAUUGGACGCAAUUGA